UGAGUCCCAUCAAGGGAGUGUUAAGAAUGUAACAUGGUUGUGCAGCUUAACUUUUCACAUGACCUGGAUGACACAUUUGUGAUCCACCCUUUAAACUUGACAACCUGCAUUCCAGCUUCUGGACGUAAUGGAACUUGGCAUAGAAACAAUAAACGUAAUGAAACUUGACUGAUUGAAAAAAACAAGGACAGGUAUAUAAAGGUCAACGUGAUUUAUACACGGCACAUAUUGAAUAAAUUAUGGUCGUAUCUCGUCUACCUUACUGCGGUCACAGAGAGGCAUCGCUCGGAUUUUAACAAGGUUUCGCGAACGAGUUAUUGGUCAAAAUCUGUGAGUAUCUUUCAAACUUUACCAAAUUUUGCAAUGGCACACAACUUUGAGGAAAUGCAGAAACUAAUAGAUUGGAUAAAAAAUAUGGACAUUGGAGACAAAACAGACCGGUAUAACGAUGUAAUGUCACAGCUUCCACAGGAUGAGGUUGGUGAUGCUGUGUAUUCUGAUAGAGGAUGGCCAACAUUUUGCGACUAUGUAAAGAACACACAACCUGAAAAGGACAAACAAUAUGCCACAGCCAUGGUCCACUGGAAAGACGGUACCAAUUCUUUUUUAUUUCUAGUUUAUCCCCAAGAAAAAUUACACUGCGAAGAAAUUCUAAUUAAAAAAUUGGAUAAGAUUCUGCGCAAAAAGAAAGAAAUAGCACAACAUAUUUAUAUAUUUUCACUUAACUCGCCAUGCUUGGGAAGGUGUAUGUGUAAGCUUUUACACAAAGGCUAUGAAUGGUACACACGUUAUAAAGUUCGUUUAUGCGUGGCAUACACAAAGUUUUGGGGCUUAAGAGGCCCCGAUGAUUUUAACUAUCUAAAUUAUUCUGAUAUAUCAGAUUUCAUCAGUGUUUUUUUCUCGUAUUAUGAGAAAUGCAAUGCCGACUGUUUCACAUUAGAUCAGGAGCUUUUAAAAGGCAUUAAAAAAAUAAAUGUCUUCAAAUCGUUAAAAUCAGACAUUAACGAAAAGGAUAGACACACGGUAUGCAAGCAGAUUAGUGAAGCAAAGAAACAACUUGUGAUGCAGUCAAUACAUUCACCUUAUCGCAUGCGUGGCAAGCAUUUGGAAUGUGGAAAGGAAAUAAUAAAUGAAUUAAAAUUUCCGCCAGCAGUACACAAAAAAGUUUCCAAAAUGUUACAGGAGGUGUGGGAUAAAAUGGUUGAAGACUCUUUAGUGAUACUUGUGAGAAGAAGCAUUGCUGGACAAUUUAACAAAAAAACAGUUCAUCUCUUUCAGAAUAAAUUAAAUGAAAUUCUGGGGAACAACUGUCCCUUCACGCUGCGACAUAUUACUCAUUAAUUUUAACUCUCAAAUUAAGGAACCUCUAGACUGAGUCUCAACUGUUUGGAUGUUCUGUUUGUUUGUUUUGAUUUAUUUGUCUUUCCAUUUUAGUUUUGUUCUGUUUGUCACUGUCUCUUGUCCCCAUGUAAAGUGCCUUUGGGCCAAAAGUUAAAACAUUUUUUAAUUUUAAAGUAACAUAUAUAUCUGUAUAUAUAUAUAUAUAUAUAUAUAUAUACAGAUACAAAAUGAUAUAUACAAAUAAUAAGAUAAUUAUAUAUAUUAUUAAUAAUAUAUAUUUAUGAUAAUUAAACAAAAAACUCCUAAGCUUUCCUGGGAAUUACAGUUACAGAGAGAGAUGCCUUUCUGGGACCGUAGUAAGGUAGACAACGAGCUUAAUUUAAUCAAAAUGUCCGUCCUCCGAGCGGGAUGAAUAACAUUGCUCAGACAGCUGUCCACUCAGGGGCGAAGAGAUCAGCUGCGUCUCACUCAGUUGGCCCCGCCCACGGGAUAUGUCCCGCCCACGUGAUAAGUCCCGCCCACGUGAUGCGUCCCGCCCACGGGAUGCGUCGCGCUCACGGGAUGCGUCGCGCCCACGGGAUAUGUCCCGCCCACGUGAUGCGUCCCGCCCACGGGAUAUGUCCCGCCCACGUGAUAAGUCCCGCCCACGUGAUGCGUCGCGCCCACGGUAUGCGUCCCGCCCACCUCCACCAAGGCCAUGAACAGGUUUACCGAUCACAAGUGGGGCCAAUCUGUUGGACGAUUUACGCAUCUUUUCCUGCCGCUUAAGAGAAGUAAGAUCCAAAAGUUUUAAUCUUAAUAAUGUCUUUGAGGAAAGAGGUCCAACCACGUCCCAUCAGCACCACGUCCCAUCAGCACCUCGUCUGGCGGGGCAGGAAGGUGUGGAGCAGACAUCGUCGCCUGCUCUGCCGAGGUUUGAGGACUGUUUGGCCCGUUGGAGGGAGAAGGACGACAAGGAGUCAAACUGCCUGCACAACUUCAUUUGUAUACUCACUACUUUUCUGUAUGUGAUGAAUAUGCUCAUGGAAUAUGUAUGGAAGCAAUAUCCAACAAGACGGGGAUUAACAAGUUCCUAAAUGUAAUUGUUGAAUGGCACAAGGAUGUAUUGUUCUCCUAUCAGCAUGUUUCGGUCAGGUGUUGUACAGACUCUCCGUCAGGUCUCAUCCUAACCCCCACAUUUCUCCACUACCCCUUUUUAAGAUGUACAUGGCCUGCACAGUUUCUCCAUCCUCCUGCAGGCUGUAUGACGAUUGAACCUUCUCUGCGCAGAGAAUAAAGAUUUUAAAGACAA